UGUCCUUCGCUGUGCCAUAAGAUAAUUAGCAAACUGACGAGAACUUUUGUGUGGCAGAUAGUAAGCCCUGGGAAGAUUCUCAGAUUGAGAGUCCGUGGAACCAAGAGAGAUUUGACCCAAGAUGCAUCAUCAGAAGAGGUCUGUGUUGUUAUGCCAGGUGUUAUUGCUCGGUUUGAUGGAUCUGACUUUCAGAAUAUGCUUCAGAGGUGGUUUCGGGAAAGACACUCCCAGUUCUGGGAUGAAAGAGAUUCUGAAAAUUCGAUAGAUACUUUUGGUAGGCUUCCAUACCAGUUAUGGAAUGUAAGUAAGUAUGGUCCUUGUGUUGACGCUGCCAUCACUGGUCUGAUGCCCCCUCCUCUGCUGGAAAUCCAGUCAAGUCAGCGUUAUUAUUGCGCAAUCACUGUUGGAGAUGACGCUGUGAUUUCUGCUUAUCGACUUUCUGUAGACCGAAGCCGAUCAAUAGUAGGGGCUAUUCUCUCAAAGGUUGUGCCUGCAACUUUUUCGACAAUAACUUCUAUCUCAAAAAUGUUAUGGAGAAGUGAUCCAACUCCCGCAAAAAGACCAGAACCAAAGCCUCAGCCUUUUGCUCGAGCUUCUCCUUUGACUUGCUUUAAGGAUCACCCUAGAAAGGGCGAGAAGCUGACGUUAUCACCUAGUGGUACUUUGGCUGCAAUAACUGAUUCUCUUGGUCGUAUCUUACUCUUAGACACUCAGGCCCUUGUGGUGGUCCGUCUGUGGAAGGGUUACCGUGAUGCAAGUUGUCUAUUUGUCGAGAUGCUUGCCAGUAAGGAUGUUGAAACAUCUAGAUCUGCUUACGGUGAACACAUGAAGAGUGAUUAUUGCCUCUGUCUAGCGAUUCAUGCACCGCGUAAAGGGAUUGUUGAGAUAUGGCAGAUGAGAACUGGUCCGCGUCUUCUAACUAUUCCAUGUGCCAAAGGUAGCAAGAUUUUGCAGCCUACAUAUAGAUUUGCGUCAUCAGAAGUAUCUGUGUCUUCUUAUGUACCUUUGGAACUUUUCUUUUUGAAUGGCGACUCCGGUCAACUCUUUGUUUUGAACCGAUAUCUUAGUUGACAUUAUAUAAUAAAUUCAAAAGAAUACGAGAAAUUACAGAUAAGGGGACGGCAGCUGACUGUACAGAAUGUAAAUUUCAUUUGUCUGUUACUUUUUACAAAAUCCUCCAAACUUCCAAAGAAAAAGGAGGUGCAACGUCCCAUUUCUUUUCAUUUUGGAAUAGAGGUUGGGCCUGGAUAACAAGGGAAAUAUCAUCCUCAUUAUCUGCAUCACUGUAUGUUUGUAUCGCGCCGACCCUUAUUAGUGUAUUAUGCAGAAAUAAAUGGAUGGUAUUCCUCGCCAUCCCCUUAUUUUCUGAGGUGAUUGUUGGAAACGCUGAUUUUUUACCAUAGAGGUGAAGGAUCAAUCAAGGUCUGCCUGGUGGAUUCCAAUGUUUAAGGUUGCUGUAGCUCAUUUAAGUAUAAGUUGGCAUGUUUGUGGUGAAGAGGUGACGAAACGAAAGAAAUGAAUGAAUAUACGAACAUUCUGUGGCCAUAGAUGUGGAACAAUUGGCUGAAAAAAUGAAGGUACCAAUGCAAUUGCCACGGAUGAUUAUAUGGUUUUAUUUAGUCGUUUUGUGAUCGUAUAUGACAAUUUCAAUGGAAACAUUAUGAAAUAUUUUUUCACUA